AUGGAUCUUCUGACGAGCGAUUUUGAGCAGAGCCUCAACUACGUCUUCCGAAAUGGAUUCCGCAUCCAUCCUCACUUCUACAACUGUACCGGAGUGAAUGGCUUCGAACUGGGAACUCCCCGACCGUACAUCGGCGCUUACUUCCUUACGGUUGGAAUCACUCUCAUGGUGAGCUCUGUGGCACUCGGCUCUUUUAAUGGAACAUUCAGGUCAUCUACAUGCCGUGUCUGUAUGUGAUAUUGAGAAGUGAUUUGAUGAAGUCCUCCUGCUACAAAAUCAUGGUUUGUUUGGGAGUUCUCGACAUCUGCUGCGUCGUGACCAACUCGAUCGUGACAGGAUAUCUCGGAAUCGUUGGCGCCACGUUCUGCUCGUACCCCACUUUCAUCUUCUUCUUGGGCUCUCUUGGCUGUGGUAUGCGCCUUAUUCUUCUCUGGAUGUUUAAUUUGGAUGACAGGUUGUUGGAUGGGCUCUUGUGCAACUUGCAUUCUUCUCGGUAUCAAUCGGUGCUGCGAUGUCAAUCAGCACUUGAGAAUCCGCGCCAUUUUUAUCGGUCGUAAGAUGUACUUCACAAUGGCUCUCCCUGUCAUUUAUACAAUCUAUUCGGUCUUUUUCACAAAACCGAUUCUCUUCAACUCCAACUACAUGAGCUGGUUCUUCAAUCCGUUUAUCCCAGGCCAUGAGGUUCAGUGAAACCACCCGAGCAAAUCCGUGCAUUCAAAUGCUUUAGGCGGGUGACUACAUAAAUAUCGCCCACACUGCCAACAAUUGCAUCGUUUCGGGAGCCACCACCGUCAUUUACGGUUAUCUCUGUGUCCUUCUCUUUGCUAAAAGCCGUCAUUUUCGUUCGGAAUCUUUAUCCAAAACUCAAACUCAGGUAUGAAUCUUGCCUCCUUUUCCAUCUUCCUUCUUCCUCAGAUCUUCUUCCAAUCGGUCCUCAUCUGCUCGUUCAAUGCCGUCGCCGCCUACAUUUACGUCUACAUGCAGUUCUUUUAUUCGCCCCCAACCGUCGUUCUCAUCGGCCAACUUGCGUGGCAGUGUGCUCACGGUGAGCAAGAAAACAGACGUGUUGCUUGGGAACACACUACACUUAUUCAUGUUCUCAUUCUGCUUGAAUUUGUCAUCAUUUUUGAUUUGCAGUCGCGCACGAAUCCAAUUUCGAAUUAGUUUACACAAAUCACAGAAACGGAAGGAGGUACUAAGAAACCAAAGUUAUUUCAGGAUCGGUUUGCAUCGUCUACAUCACCAUGAACAGAACUGUCCGUCGUGGAGUCAUCGACCUCAUCGUGCCACGUGUCAUCCGUGACAAAGCCCGCAUCGGAACCAACCGGACCACCGCCAUCAGCCGCCCGAUCCUCAGCGUCGUCGGCCCGGACGCAAAACUGACGACUCGCACGCAAGGGACCAGCUCCGGAACCGUGUUCUAA